AUGGACAUGAAACGCAUCAGGUCUCAAUUUCCGGCUCUCAGCCAGGACCAAAUCUUCAUGGACAACGCUGCCGGAGCCCAGGUGGUCAAGACGUGCAUUGAAUCCAUUCAUGAGUAUUUCAUGAACAUGAACGUCCAACCAGCUUCGCCAUAUCCUCUGUCUGAGCAGGCCACCGCCAGGUUGAAUGCGGGUUACGAGGCUGGUGCGGAGUACAUCAAUGCUUCAGUCGACGAAGUCGUCUUCGGGUCUGCGACUACUCAACUCGUCCGCAACGUGAGCACAGCUCUCGUGGUCAAACCCGGCGACGAAAUCGUUCUGAGCAGUCUCGAUCACGAAGCUCAUUUAGCUGCCUGGGUGCAAGUAGCGAAAUGGAAAAAUCUCAAGAUCAAAUGGUGGAUUCCCUCCAAGAACACUCAGACCAACCCAAAGCUGGAAGCGGAUGACCUGAUCUCCCAGGCUCUCGUGACUGAAAACACUCGACUCGUCUGCUUCACGCAUACCAGCAACGUGCUUGGAUCCAUCACAGACGUAUCAGCUAUAUGUAAAGCGAUCAAAGGCAUCAACCCCAAGACGCUGGUUAGUGUGGACGGUGUGGCGUACGCUCCGCAUGCGCCUAUUGACGUCCAGGCGUUUGGUGUGGACUUUUACUUCUUCAGCUGGUAUAAGGUCUAUGGCCCGCACAUGGCCAUGGCCUUCAUCAAAAAGUCGGCUCAGGGCGAACUGGAAAGCCUGGGUCAUUUUUUCCUACCUAAAUCUGGCGCGUACAAUCUUCUGAACCUGGCUGGUGGAAACUACGAACUGAUUCAAAGCAUCCCCCCCAUCGUGACCUAUCUGCGCAGUGUUGGUUGGGAUUGGAUCAAGCAACAGGAAGGUGCUCUGCAGGAAGAGCUGCUGCGUUUCGUUCGUUCCCGACCCGAAAUCCAACUGUAUGGUGAGCCCCGGGGUGAUCGAAAUCUAAGGGUUCCUGUUGUCAGUUUCACCGUGUUGGGGCGCACUCCUACCGAGGUGGUUCAAGAGAUAUAUGAGACUUCCAAAUGCAGGCCUGUAGCCGACAAAAGCUUCUAUGCUGAGAGAUUGUUCAACAAUGUUCUUGGUGCUGAUGCGAAGAAUGGUGUGAUCCGAUGCUCAUUCCUUCACUACAAUACGGUUGAGGAAGUUAGAGAACUCGUUAAAGCUUUGGAGGCCAUCUUGAACAAGUCUAAAAUUUGA